CUGUGUUUGUCGUGAACAGCCCACUCGCCCAUUUCAUUGGUGCCUUCUUAAGCUGGGAUGGGCACGAUUCUGCAGGAACGAGUGCCACAACGGUGUCUGGAGAGGGUGUCCAUCAGGGACAGAGAAUGGAGGAAGGUGUGGAGCAGCAGCGGGCCUAAUGUGGCCAGAAUGGGAAGGCGGCAGUCACAAAGGAAGUCACUGCAACCACAACACACGUUUCCAAGUCAAGAAAUUAAUAACGAGAAAAGGCAGCAGCCGAGAAGAAAGCACAAGCCUAAUGCUAAACACAGCACUCAGCACAGUGCUCAGGGAACUUCUGCAUCAAAACCCCACCCACCGUCCCCUGUUGAGGACAGGAUGGAGCCAGCUACUCAGCCAGCUGCUCAGCACUGUGGCCACAGAGGACAGAAGCACACAGCUGUGAGAGGAAGCAGACACACACCAGCCUUCCCCUGCUACUGCCUGUCUGACUCAAGUCCUCAUCUGCUGGACAGACACUCACCAGAGUUGAAGGUGGGAAGCCUGAGUGCCCAUGGAGAAGGUGACAGUGACACUGAUUUGUCUGAGUCAGAGAGACUUUUUGUUUCACCCAUUCAGGUUCUUCCACAACUUGAGCUGAGGCCAGAGGUCAUCGAGGCUGAAGACUGCUCCACUCGCAGCCACAGACCCAGAGCACAGGGCCAUGGUAGUUUUGACUUCCCAGACUUCCUUCCUCCACCUUUUAACUCCUGGAGCCUCAGUCAGCUGGCUGUCUUUUACAACAUGGAGGGCCGGGGGGCCCCUCGGCCAAGACCUGUGGGCCCUUUGGAAAUGUACCUGGAGAGGCUGCUGCAGCUGGAGUGGCAUCAGAUCCAGACUGUCCAGGAGGAGAGUGGGAAGUCGGCUGUGUCAGAUGUUCUUCUUAGCUGCCACAGGUCCACUGCUGCUGCCUCAUCACGCCUCAGUUCUCCUAAGUGUAUCCUCCAGUGUCAGCGUGCCUUCCCCCUCACCUUCCUUUCCUCCUUGAUCAGUCACUCUGCCCUGCUCUCCAGCUGUGCCUGCACUUUAUGCCGCUUCCGGCACUCAACCUGUAGCACAGCGUGUUGCCGCCCCACCCACAGCCACACCCGUCAGGCCGGAGUAAGCCCUGUUCUGGAGCGCAGGGGGCUCGUGUCACUCCCCAAAAGGAGCUACAGUGAGAGCCGGGUGCACGCCCCAGACAGGAGUUCAGCAUUCCAAGUUCAGAUGUUCAGCAGCCCUGUGAGGGCCAACAGCCACCUGCGGAGAAUGCAAGCCUCAGGCAACAUCCGCAACCCUGUUCAAGGUGCUAACACUAAGCCUCAUUAUACUGCCAGGGACUCGAGUUUUGGGAUUGGGAGGGACUGUGUGGGAGCACGGGGAAAUGGGUUGAACUACAGGAAGACAGGGGUAUUUAGGAGAAGGAGUGGGUCAGAGCAGCAGGGAGGUGGAGGAGAAAGACAACAGAACGGAUUAGAGAAAAGACGGAGUGGGUCUGAGUGUAGGAAAGGAGGAACUGAGCGAAGGAGGACAGCUGAGUUUAAGGAACAGGAAAUAAAACCAGAUGCUGUAACUGCAAUAAUGGACAAUUUACCUGGUUCCAAAUAUUCUCCAGAUAACAAACCAAUCAAGCCAAAACAGGUUGAAUUUAUGACAUAACAGCCUCUUGAUUACUGUAUGUGUAUAUGCCACACCUACAGUCAUGUCUCUUAAUAUUGGAAUAUGAAUGUGUUUUUUCAAAUAGUUGAAUAGUUUGAUUGAAAGUGUAGCAAGUUUUUCUUUUGCUUUUCUUUUGUUAUUUUGAUUGUGAUGAUUUAAAAAAAAAUUUUUUUUGGUUCUCAGCUAAUUAAAGUUAAAUUAUUAGGAUAAAUCCAUUGCUAUUCAGCUAUGAUGCUGCAGUGGACCUUUACAUGAACUGGUGACUUACAUAAAUCUUGCCAUGUGUAUGGAAAUGUAUUUUUUUGUUUUCUUCUUUUAUUAUUUAUUUAUUCACCCAGUAAGCACUUGUCAGCACAAUACACUAUGUAAAUAUGACUAUGAAAUUUUUUUUAACACUGCCAAUUUUAUUAGUGAUGUAAAUAAAAAGCCAUCUCUCUCGGUUUAGUCCAUUUCUGGAUAGAUGAAAUGUUCUGCUGGCACCCCUGAGGGUGCUGACCUUUGCAUGAGAAUAUUUCAAGACAAAAAUUAAUUAGUUUAUUAUGUCUUUUGAUGCAUGAAAAAUUAAACAAAAAACUAAAUAGAAUGGCU